AUGAGAAUCAUACAUCUUUUCUUUUUCGCCGGUGUUUUAGGACAAGCCGAGCUCUUCAGAUCUCUCGGAAAAGCGCUGCGAGACAUGGGAGCUACUCAGCGUCAUCCCUUCAAACGAAGUGGACCGAUUGUCAACAAGUUUGCAGCAUACGUCGAUGAGUGUGUAAACAAGGCCUUUGCUCUCAGCGGUCUCGGAACAGGCCUUGACGAUUUGAUGACUUUCAUCAAGUCCUGUGAGCAAGAAGCAAUGGACGAAUUCUUCAACUAA